AUGAGCUCGUUCCUACCCAUCCUCUCGAACAGCCUCCUCUUCGGCCUAAUACUCUCACAUCUGACCCCCUCCACCCUGUGUCAAUUGCUCCGAGUCGAUCGUGGGGUGCAUACGGCCGUCAAGUCCUGGUACUACGCCGCGUUCAGCAUCAAUUGCCGUCUCGCGCGCUUCUUCCACGACCCAACGGCUUUUCGCUCGCUGCAAGCCCGCACUGCGGCAGUCAUUUCCGGCUCCUUCGCCCUGCAGUUCUUCGCGCGUACAUACUACCCCGAAGCCGACUUGGACCUCUUCGUUCAUCCCAACCGUGACAUCCUAACGAUCGGUAGCUUCCUCCAAGAAGAGCUGUAUGUCUACGAACCAUUGUCGUGGCAGCUCCCGGACUUCAAGGCGGAGGUGGAACGACUGUGCCGGCGUGUAGACUGCGAACUGGCGAGCAUCGACGACGACAACGAGUUCGAGCAACUCUACUCAAUGCUCAGCCUCCGCGCGGUGUACACGUUCCGCCGGGCGGCGAAGCGAGGGUGCGAGGAUAGCGACGAGCGCAAGGUGCAGAUCGUCGUCUCCCGCAGCUCCCCUCUAGCUUCGGUCCUAGACUUUCAUUCUACAUGCGUCAUGAACAUAAUCACGUACAACGCCGCGUACUCGCUCUACCCGUACGCGACAUUCGAACAACACGAAGCUGUCGUCAUCAACAACGGGAGCCUCCAAGCCAAGGCAGCUUUGGUCAAGUACUCUGCCCGCGGCUGGCGCAUCAUCGCGAACCCGUCGCCCCUCAUUCCCCUCCUCGACCGCCGCGCGUUCCACCCGAACGUCCCCCGCUGGGUCUGUGACGGGAAGACGUGGAUGAUCCCGCUGGAUCUCGACGACAUCGCCCUGCCGGAAGCCCCCAGCGCAUCUUCCGCGCGGCUCACGGGGGACCCGGUGGCGGAGUGUGGGUGGAUGCUGGAGGGGCGGGACACGGCGCUGGCGGUGUCGCUGCAAGUGCUGGCGUCGACAGUGCUGCUCUGGCGAUACACGGUCGGAUGCGGCGACUUGGGGCACUGGAGUGUUCUCAUCGCGUUCUUGAAAGCUCAAGGGAAGCUGGAGCAUAUGAAGAUUCCCAGCGGGAAGGUGAAGCAGGAUGCCAGUGAUGUUUGGACAUGGUGGGACUCGGUGUUACCUCUGUUUCGCAAAAGGUUCAUGGAGGAACACGGUUUGCUCACGUAG